AAGUCCGGACAGAGGACACGCACUGGGACGUUUCCUCUCCAACACUUGGAAUAUUUGAACUACAGUCUGGUCGUUUACAGAAGAGACAAUCGGUCCAUUUUACGCGCUGAAUUUUACACCGCGGACUUUUAUUUUCUUGGUUUGAAAUUGGAUUAGGAGUAGGAAGAUGCUUCCAACGAUUUGAGAGGUUUAUCUCCGUCCCUCGGGACAUUUGAGGACGUCCAGCUGAGUUUUUUUAUUUGUUUGUUUUGGGACGCAUGGAUUACAUUUAAUCGUCACUCUAUUUGGGACUAUAAGUAGCCUUUACGCGCAUCCGCACAGAGCGCAGCGCCCUCUCUCCAAUGAAAUAUCUGCCUCCAGGAUCAGUAAGUACGCGGAUCGAGCUCAGUGAGACCAGCGACAGUCCAAAGUCCCGUCCCGGUGCUGUGGUGUCUUUGUUGACCCCUCUGGACCCUCUCCGGCAGGCAAAGCGGCUUCCAAUCCGAGUUCUCAAGAUGUUGACUGCGCACACCGGACACUUGCUACACCCGGAGUAUUUACAGCCUCUGACGCCCGCUCCAGUCAGCAUCGAGCUGGAUGCUAAGAAGAGUCCACUGGCUCUGCUGGCACAGACCUGCUCUCAGAUCGGUAAACCAGACCCUCCGUCCUCCUCCAAGCUGGGCUCCUCCUGCAACCAGGGGGACAAGGAGUCCAGCAGUCGGUCGUCUGGCUCCGGCCUGAAGCUCGGGGAGCAUCGCCCCUCCCUGGAGGACAAGUGCAGCUUCAAGCCCUACAACAAAGGCAGCGCAGACUGCCGCAGAGACGGAGUCACCAGCAGCAGCUCUAACAACAGCAGCGAUAAAGUUGGGUUCAGGGUACCCAGCAAUAAUGUUACCACUAAUGGAAGUUCAACCAACGGCCAGCAGUCCUAUCCGCCUCAUGCCGCUUCCCCCAGAGCCAGCAGUGGCACCCCACCGGGACACACUCAGCACCAGCCUCACAAACAGAGCCAGUCUCCUGGUGGACUGCCCACGUCACACUCCCAGACUCCUAGUGGAGAAAGUGCACACGAGCAGAGCAGUCCCACCAGCUUGAACAGCAACAACACCAAAAAAGACGCUGAUGUAAAGACCAACUCGGACAGUCCACAUGAUGCAAACUCCAGCCAUGUCCGAGCCAGCACGAACUGCAGUAAUGGCAGCUCUGACGGGGGUUCCAACCACGAGGGAGGCAAGGUGGAGUCAGCGCAGCCCAACCUUGGCCCUGGACGCAUUACACCCAUUUCCCCUUACAAGACAAACCAGCCGCUCUUCCCCCUGCCCUCCUCUAACAUGGGCUACCACGGAUCUGUAGUUGGGGCUUACGCUGGCUACCCAUCUCAGUUUGUUCCCGGGCUGGACCCGACAAAGUCGAGCCUUGGCGUAGGAGGCAUGGGAGUCCCAGGAAAGCACCCAAGCUCUAGCCCACUUACAGGUGCCUCCCCUCCAUCCUUCAUGCAGAGUUUAUGCCGGGACCCCUACUGUCUGAGCUACCCGGGUGUAUCCCACCUCGGCGGAAGCAACUGCAACUCCUGCAUCCACGACCCUACCUCCCUAAAAUCAAACUUCCCGUUGGUGUACCCCUCCCAUCCGCUCCACUCCCUCCACCAAAACUCUAUGUCCUCCAGCGUGUCCUCCUCCCUCUCGCAUCCCCUUUACACUUACGGCUUCAUGCUUCCCAACGACCCCCUGCCUCACGCCUGUAACUGGGUCUCCGCCGGUGGGCCUUGCGACAAACGUUUCGCCACAUCCGACGAGCUCCUGGCUCACCUCCGCACGCACACCGCCCUGCCUUUAGGGAUGGACAGUAAGCUGCUCUCUGUCUCCUCCUCUGGACCUGCCUCCUGCCACCUCCACCUCCCCCACCAGAGCAGUCCAGGCUCCAUGCCCAGCUCCCUCUCUCUGAGGGCGCCACCCAGCCUGGGUUUAGCUCGCUAUCACCCCUACAGUAAGGUCCACCUGCCCCCUGGACCUUCGUCCAUCUCCCUGCACUCUCUGCCCACCACGGGGCCGUACUACCCUCAUUACGCUCUCUACAGUCAAAGACUCGGAUCUGCGUCUGCUCUGGGCUUCCAGUGAUACACCGUCCACUUACAUGUUUAAAGGAAUAGUUCAACAUUUUGGGAAUGAAGCUUGUUUGCUGUCUUGUGGAGAUUUAGACGAGAAGAUUAAUGCCACACUCUGAUAUCUUUUGUUUUGUUAGCUUAGCUUGUUUUAGCUUAGCUUAGCACAAAUCUGGAAAUGUGGCUAGCCUGCUAGUCUGUACAAAGGUAACAAAAUCUACCUACCUACAUCUCUAAAGCGCACUAUCAAGCAUGCUAUAUCUAUUUUUUUAAAACUGAAAAAACAAAGUGUAAAAAAAGACAAUUGGAUAUUUUAUGGAGGCAACGGGACUCCAGGGGGGAAAUUUUUAUUUUCUUGGACAAUAUAUCAUUUAACAAAUGCUAUAUUGCACGUUAAUUAGCGAACUUCAGAGGCAGUGUAACCUUAUAAAAUGCUUUCUAUGAUAUCCUGCGAAUUAUCACUCCAUAAGUGAUCUUCUUUCACAAUUAACAUCACAAUUAACAUAAAAUUAUGGAGGUUAGAUUUAGGCAAUUAAUGUUACUGUGGUUAGGUUAAGAAAAAAGAAACGUGGCAAAAACUUAACUUAAAAUGACUUGAAGUUUACGUUUCUGAACUCGCGUUUCUGUGGGAAAGUCUUAUGUUUUCUGUGUGAAUCACCACCCCACGAAUGACGCGCUUUACGUAAAGUUGCAUAAUAAACCUAAAGUUACAGAGGUUAGGUUUAGGUACUUAAAGUUACUGUGGUUAGGUUUAUAAAAAAAGAAACAUGGUGAGGACUAACCUUAAAAUGACUCAGUCACAAGUUAACAUUGUUUGAAAAACGUUUGCUUGGGAAAGUCCUGUAUUUUGUGACCCAUCUACCACCCCAACCUGCCUCUUUACAAGACCACUCUGGACCACUUCCUUGUUUACUCCAAUCAGAGCAUUAGCCUUCCAAAAUACAGUGAUUAUUCACAAAUUACUAGCUCACAACUACAUGGGAUAUGUACAAAUUUGGGUGCAUUACUUUUCAUAGGAAAACAUACAGACUGUUAAUGAGAGCAGCCUGUCAGAGGUGCAGAUACAGAGCCCGGGUAGCUGUUUUCUCCUGUUUCAAAUCUUUGUGCUAAGCUAAGCUAACCAGCUGCUGCCUGUAGCUUCCUACUUAACAAACAGAUUCAAGUUAGGCAUCAUUGGUCUCGUCUUUGCAGCCAGAUAGCCAAUAAGCGUAUCUCCAAAAUGUCCGGCUGUUACUUUAAGUUUUUACUUUAAUUGGGACAAGUUGCUGCUUCCUCUACAUAAGACUGAAUUCAUGUGGAUGUGGGAGUGCAAGUCCUGGAUUUUGACUUGAGUGCAUCUUUACACUUUCUUUAUACAUUAAAUACAAGAUUUCCAAACAGGCUCCACUCCCCGAACGUCAGAGGACACAUGUGGCUCUUGCAUGUGUGCACAUUGCUCGGAUACUUUUGCAACAGCAAUGACUGCCCUUGGGUGACUCCUGCCGCCCCGUGGGCUCGGCAAAUUGACGGUUGGACGCUGCGUAAUGGGCUCUUGGAUGUUCAGGAUUCUUGCUGCAAAUGAUGAUGAUUUAGUGCAGAAAAAUGUCGUGUGGCAGGGAUGGCAAUAAGCUGCAGCCGUGGGCUGAUGCAAGUCUGGCCACAGUCGCUUUCUCCCUGCAAGACAUGCAUGUAAGCUCGACAGCGUACACUCCUAACUGUUUAUCCAGCCCCAUGCUUCGUGAUGAUUUGUUUCGGUUACUUAUGUUUUGUUUAUUUCUACUGAGAAGUGGUAUUUAUUUUUUACCGGGAAUCUGACUUUCAUGUUUACCAUAUAAAUCUCUUCUCAUUUUACAGUCCUCUAAGCAGACAUGUUGGAAGGCCAGAUGACAGUUUUGUCUUAAAUUCUUUGAGAAUGACUGUUGAAAUCACAUCUCUCUCUCUCUCUGAACUCCUCAACUUUCUUUUUUUUUUUUUUUUUAAUUCCACAGCAAAUUAAUGAAAAUGAGAUGUGAUAUUUUUUAUGUAAAAAUUGGAACACCGUGUGGUGGUAAUCCAGUUACAGGGGAGGUCAUAUUUUGUUAAAUAAAUCA